AUGCCGUUCGAGUUCACAGGCGCGCCGCCGCUCCAACUGGACACUCCGUUAUCCUUCUCAUCUUUCGCGUCCAGCUCGACAACAAGCUUCACCACAAACGCGCACCCGCCAGCAUCUCCCUUCGGCGCCUCUCCGAUUUCUUCCAGCUUCGGCUCGAUUCGACCACAACUCGGCGGGCCACAGCCGUUGUUGAACAGAGAUGACUUCAGUAGGGUGUCUGCUCCAGUCGCGACUGAUCCACUUUCGAGAGCACUGGUACGCGCACUGAGGAAUAGGCCAGCAAUCUUGGGACGCUCGGAUAUAGCUGGAGAUCAGGUCGUGAAAGAUACGCUGAAACAAGACGAGACUUUUGAUAUUCCCGCCAUCAUUUCUGGUCUGCGAGAACUCGAAAAGACACAUCCGGAGGUGGCGCGCUUUACUCGGUCACUGUUCGAUACGUCUGUACUAUCGAGACUGCCUCCAAAACAGCCUCAGAUACCACCGGCGAUCAUCUCAACCGCGAAUGCAAACGAAGCUGCUUCCAACGAUCAGGCCCCCGACACUGAUGCAUCGGCAACGCGAGCUCCCGCGGACAGCACCGCUUCUCCGACAUCACCCACUGAAGCAAGCAACCCAGAACCUCCCGUGAAGGUCCCAAGACAACACCCGCGCAUAGCGAGCUUCGUGGAUGCACUUGCGGCUAGGGUCCUUCGAGGGGCCGUCGUCACAUACCCAGAAGGAGCCAAAGUCUUAGCAAGUCACAUCGUCAACCUUUUUUACUCUGGUUCCACACAAGGUGAUGUGGUCGCAGCUCUCAGGUCACUGCUUGGGAGACCUGACAAUAUCAGCGAAAUCGCUGAUGUGGCCAGCUGGGCUGAUGAUGGGUUGGUUGCUCUCGAAACUGCUUAUGCAGAUGAUCCUGAAUCCUUCCGUGAGGCUUCCUCGGAGCUGAACGCUGAUGAGGAAAUAUCAGACGCAGAGGAAGAGGCCAACGCUGGCGACGCGGACGAGGUGUUGGACGAGAACAAAAGCUCGACAGACAACGGUGCUACCAAGGCUUCGCUACCUGCAAGACCAUUUUGCUUCCUCGAGCUCCCAGCUGAGAUGAGAAACUUGGUCUAUCGUCUACUUCUCGCUCCGGACGGCCACAUCGGACUGACGAAGUUAGUGCACACCGCUAACGGCCGAUAUCUCAAAGACGUGCUCUUCCCAGACAGAAACUGCAGGAACUCCUGUGGCGCCAACUACUACAAACUCAGUGGCUGCAGUCCGCAAAUUCUCGCAGUAUGCCAGCAGAUCUACGACGAGGCGAAGCAAAUCAUGUAUGAAGAGAACACCGUCUGUGUCACCGCUUCCACCUAUGAUGGCGUUUUGGUGCUCAAUCAGCGCCUCCUGCCCGACCGCACGCUGCCCAGGCUCACCUCAUUAAUGCUGGUCUGUGAUGCCGCGGACAGGUCAGGGAUAGAGCGAGGAUGGUUCUCACAGCUGCCAUGGAAACAGCUGCAAGAUCUUACCAGCCUGAAGAGCCUUCGAAUUUCUAUGAUCGAGAGAGAGACCGACAGCAACACCACUGAUUCGAAGGCUUGGAUCCUUGAAGAGGUCCUGGAGCGCAUCCCCGCGGCAUGUCAGGUCACUUUCGAGUCGAGAGAAGAGUUCGAGGUCACGUACGUGCAGGAAAUCAUUGACGAGACCGAGGCUCAGAUCAAUCAUCGCAGGACCGUUAAGAUCGACGACGUGUAUGAAGUCGAAGGAGAAGUUCUUCAGGAAUUGGCGACGCGCUACGUCUACAAGCAAGGUCGGAAGUCUGGUCACGCGCGCGACUAUCGCUUUCCAGACCGAUGGGAGGUGGUGAGCAAGUUGAUGCCACUCAGUGAGGUCGACCCUAAGCUGGUGUUGGGAGGGCAGAGGAAAUAG